UCUUUUGUCUGUGUCUUCAUUACUCUGCUACACUCUCUCUCUCUCAUCUCCGAGAGAUUUUGGUGGUCACCCUCGCCUUCAGUCUCAUCACUCCAGUUCUUGGUCUUUCACGAAAACAAGAACAGAAUGAACAGAGAGAAUUCAGAGUCAGAAGCAGCAGAGCCAUCAAGAGCUCCUCUGCUUGUGAAGAGAACCACCGGUCCUGAUGCAGGGGAUGGUGGAUCUUCUUCAGCCACGCCUGUUCUUGUUCUCACCACUUUGGUCGCUGUCUCCGGUUCAUAUGUGUUUGGUUCUGCCGUGGGAUACUCGUCUCCUGCUCAGUCUGGAAUCAUGGAUGAUUUGGGCCUCACUUCUGCACAGUACUCACUUUUUGGAUCAAUAUUGACAAUUGGAGCUAUGAUGGGAGCAGCAAUCAGUGGAAAAAUCGCAGAUUACAUAGGUCGAAGAGGGAUUUCUUUGUGGCUUGACGUUGGGAGGUGGCUGGUAGGAUGUGGAAUGGGGCUCCUCUCAUACGUGGUCCCCAUAUAUAUAGCAGAAAUUACACCAAAAGACCUUCGCGGAGGAUUUACAACAGUACAUCAGUUGAUGAUCUGUUGUGGUGUGUCCAUGACUUACCUUAUCGGAGCAUUCGUUGGUUGGCGAGCAUUGGCUCUCAUAGGCAUUAUUCCAUGUCUUGGACAGGUCAUCGGUUUGGCUUUCAUUCCGGAAUCUCCUCGAUGGCUGGCAAAGACAGGUCGGAGUAAAGAGUGUGAAGCCGCCUUACUUCGCUUGAGAGGGAAGAAUGCUGAUAUCUCUCAGGAAGCAGCUGAGAUUUGGGAAUACACAGAAACCCUUCGACAGCUUUCAGAAGCCAGGAUAUCAGACUUGUUUCAGAGGAAAUAUGCCUACUCACUUAUUGUUGGAGUUGGGUUGAUGGUACUGCAGCAAUUUGGAGGGGUGAAUGGAAUUGCUUUUUAUGCUAGCUUUAUAUUCAUAUCAGCUGGCUUCUCUGGUAGUGUCGGGACUAUAGCGAUGGUUGUCGUUCAGAUUCCAAUGACGGCAUUGGGUGUGCUCUUGAUGGAUAAAUCUGGCCGAAGGCCACUUUUGUUGGUUUCUGCAGCAGGAACAUGCCUCGGUUGCUUGAUGACCGGAUUCUCAUUCUACUGCCAGGACCUUCAAAUAUGGAAGGCGUUCACUCCGAUCCUGGCUCUUGUCGGUGUGCUGGUUUAUACAGGAUCGUUCUCUCUAGGCAUGGGAGGAAUUCCGUGGGUUAUAAUGUCAGAGAUAUUUCCUAUAAACAUGAAAGGCUCGGCUGGUAGCCUCGUGACGGUGGUGAGCUGGUUAGGUUCUUGGAUUAUCUCAUUUGCCUUCAACUUCAUGAUGGAUUGGAGUUCAGCAGGAACGUUCUUCAUAUUCUCGAGCAUAUGCGGAUUCACCGUUCUGUUUGUAGCAAAGUUGGUGCCGGAAACUAAAGGGCGUACGUUGGAAGAAAUACAGGCCACCCUGAAUCCAUUUUAAACAGGAAAGCAACACCAGAAUUUCUCUCGCAGAUGCAUCGCUGAUUUAACUGUUCCCAGUUUUUGGGCAUGGCUUGGCCAAGAGGAGAAAGUACAUUCGGCGAGAUCUUGCUCCGUGGUCAUUGUAAUAGCAGUCGAUGAGACGAUGCGACGAUGGAACUGUCAUGUGGUAUUAAGAUCCAAUAAUCAGAGUCCAUUUCGCCGGAGUACAUUCGAAAA